UCUAUUACCAGAAACCAUUUCUAGGGUUUAGAUUUUGUAGCAAUUCGUGUUUUAGGGGACUCUAUUGUUUAUGAUUUGAUUGGUUCUACUGUCCACAUUUUCUCAGGUGGUUCUCAGUUCUGAAAGUUUUUUUUCCUUUGAGAGAGUAGGAGGAUGUCUGCUGGUAAGGAAAAUCACACUAUUUACAUAGGAGGUUUGUCGCCGAAGACGACACAAUCCGACAUCCACACUGCAUUCGUUUGUUUUGGAACCAUCAGAUUUAUUAAGAUUAUGACGGACAAACAUACAGGUCGUCCCCGUGGUUAUGCCUUUCUGACUUAUGAUGAUCAAAGUGAAGCAGAAGAUGCAAUCAUGAAUAUGAAUGGCAUGGCACUUAAUGGUAAUGUCCUUAAAGUCAACAAGGCGCACAAUAACAUGUCUGGAAGUGAUUCAGGCUUUGGUAAUCGAGGGUAUGAUCACGGGAGAACUUGCUGUGUUUGUGGAAGUCGUGGCCAUUUUUACCGAGAAUGUCCUGAUCUUGACGGAGAUGAUGAUUGUGAUAGCUCCGGAGAGAGUAGCAGCGAGGCUGGUGGCUGUAGAGUUGGUGCUUGCUAUAAUUGUGGAGAACUUGGUCAUUUUGCCCGACAAUGUUAUAUUGGAAUUAAUCCCACACCUGCAGAGGCAGCAGCACCGUUAAGGAGAGCAAAUAAUUCUUCGAAGGAGGUAGUUGUUACUGCUCCUCAAUUCAAAGACAGUAAUGGUGGAAGACAGUGUCCCAUGCCUGCAGAGGCAGUACCACCAGUAAUAUCAGUGGAACCUAUCUCAAAAGAGACAUCUGACAAGGUGCCUCUUCAAGUGGAUAGUGGGAAAAUGGCAAGUUCAGAGGUGCCUCCUCGAGUGGCAAGUGGAAAGAAGGGUGAUCCCAAGGUGCCUCCCCAAGUGGGUAGUGAAAAAAGGACAGGUCCUGCUGUUAUUGGCAUCUUCAGUGCUGAAGAUUCUGAAGAUAUGGCUUUGAAGAUGGAGAAUACUACAAUAAUCAAGGGAUUUCCAGUGCCGAACAUAUAUGCUGCCCUUUACAACACGAUAUAUGAGAAACAAGGGCAUAUAGCCACGAAAACAGUCAUAAAAAAUUCCAUGACGGCCUUAUUUGGUCUAGUGGUUGAUCUUUUGGUUGUAAUUACCGAAAUGCAGGAAUCAUCUCACCUAGACUUGACUGCACCCUUGGUAAAGCAUUGGAUGUCAAAAGUAUCCACAGCUGAAGCGGUGAAAUUUAAUGUUGGUUGGCUAAGAACUACAAUUGAGGAAAUCAAAAAUUACAAUAUCGUUUAUUUUUUAGCAAGUACUUCCUUAUACAAGCUAUCAUGCAGAACACAUAGUUCUGCAGUUAUCUUCUAUCUGAAUUAUGUAUUGUUGUUUUCUUAGCCUUCGAGAUUGUAGGAGUAAUUUGUCCAGUUGGUGUUUCUUGUUGCACUAAUUUAUGCUGCCUUGCCGUUGGGAUUAUGUAGUAUGUUUGCUUCUCUUUGAAGCUGCUUGUAGUUUUGUACUUUGUUUAUACCACUUCUUUGUGGUAGUAGUAGCACAUCUU